UUUUUUGGCAAGUAAAAAUAAUUGCUACGAAUUGCUUUUAUUUUCUCCUUCUUCCUCUUUAUUUCAGUUCUACUACAUCACCAACAAAAGUUAUUCAAACACGGGCCAAAAAACAGAAAAUAAAGGAACAAUUAGCAGCUGAUAAGAAAAUGAAAGUCAGUUUGAAGAAAGCGGAAGAUGCACAACGUGUUGUAGCAGCUGCAAUUCCACAACAUGAUACAGCGUCAAUGAAUCAAAUUCCAAAAAACAAAACAACAAAACGUGCGGCAAAACAACAUUAG